GGAACCGUUCGCCAUGACGAGCGCGACGGAGGACGCUCGAUCUCGCUGGCGGAGUCAGCACCGGUGGUCGGACGCAGCAGCUGCGCGGGAAGGCGCUGCGCCAUUCCAUGAGCAAGUCCAAGUGCCUUCCUGGGACUCCGAAGUGUUCUCAGGCCGCGGUCGAGCGCCUCACGUCGCCCCCGUGUGGGAAACGUGGCUAUCGAGCGACGGUCCGACUGCGGAGGAGGACACUGCAUCCUCGGGCAGCUCGGCGUCCGCCUGCCGCCACUACUCGAGGCACGACGCUGACUCCGAUUCAACGCCGUCCUUCGACACCCACACAUUCUCCGCGGAGGGCAGGGCGCCGAGCCCGGCUGGCGCGCCCUCGAACCUCCGGCUCGUGGCACUGACGGCACUGGCGGCUCUGCUCGUGUGCGCCGUGGUGGCCACAAACGCGAAGGUCAACCGCAUCGUCCUCGCUUCUCUGGACACGGAGUCGCCCGACGAAACGCGACAGGCGAAACUUGUUAACCGGAAGCCUUCGGCCACUGAGCCCGGGCUUCCAGUCAGUCUACUGCCGGGUUCGGCACACGGUGACGUCGUGCGGCCGGGCGAGCCACGAGAUGACGACGCAGGUCCCCACUGUGAUCGCUAGCGACCCGGAGCAGUCGAACGCAGAUGCCUACACUGCUGCUGGUGAAGGCACGGGCGCACCAGGCAUCACCCGCUCGAGAAUUCCGGACGCCAGUACCUUCGAUUUGGGCGACAGUGGCGACGUGGGGCGGACGGCCGAGGAAACACCGGGCCGAUCGUACCGGAGGACGAACAAGCCCGACUGCCAGGCCGUCGUGUACACGUACUGCCCGGUGGCCCGACGUGAAUUCCACUACCGGGCGUCGGUGAACGCCUGCUGGCCACCGCGCUUGACCCCGUGGUGCAGCUGUGUGCUCGCGGGUUCAACAGGUUCACCUCGCGCUGCCAACUGCGAGCACAGCUGCGUCUUUGGCUACAGGCCCAAGGACGCCUGCUUCGACACGCCGCUGUUUUCUGGCUGCGACAGGCAAGACGUGAGCGAGACCGCGUGGUACUUCGAGGGCGGCCGCUGCCACCUGUGGGGCUUCCCCGCGGGCGCCUGCCCCUCCAACGACAGCGCCGUCUUCUCGACGGCCGCCGAAGUGCGCCAGCCGCUGCGCGGGCGGCUCGCGCCACGGGUUCCCCCCGUGCGGCGUCCCGCGGCCGACGGCCUGCGGCCGGAACCAGCUGCGGUUCCCGUUCUUCGCUCACUUCUCGGUGGCCGAGGGUCGGAUGCGGUGUCUGCGCACUUCGGCCGUCCUGGACGUCGGCCACAGGUGCUUGGCCGGCGACAACCGGUUCGCCUCGCUCGCCGACUGCGCCGAGGCCUGCGCGAGGACGACGACGCGGUAGCGCCCGCUGGUUCAAGUGAUGCUCUGCUUCGCGGUCGCGCUCGCCCACGACCUCUGGCGCAAGCUGAUUGGACGGGGAAGAAAACAUACAGCAAGCAAACUGUCUCACGAACCGAGCGUUUCGGGUGCCCCGUCCCCAGGGAGACGAGCGAUUUUUCAUUGUAUUUUUUUCGUAAUUUAUUAUCGCGGCAGAACGACACGGACAUUGAAGACACGCGAGACAGCACACAGCGCUGA